AUGCCGCGGCCCGGCGGCACCGGCAGCGCCACCGGCAGCGGCCCGAGCGGCGGGGGGAGCCCCCGGCACCCCAGAACCGGGCCCGGCACCGCCCGGCACCCCAGAACCGGGCCGCGGCCUAGUCCCGGUAACCGGAGCCCCAGCGCCGCCAUUGCGGCCCCGCACUUCCGCUUCCGGCGCGCCGCGGGGCGUGCUGGGCGGGAGAUUUUCGUGCCCAGCAGCGGGGCCCGGCCGGGCGCUCGGCGGAUCCUGAUCGUGGUGACCGACGGGGAGAAGUACGGGGACAGCCUCGAGUACCCGGCCGUGAUCGCCGAGGCCGAGCGCGGGGCGGUCACUCGCUACGCCAUCGGGGUGGGCAGCGCGUUCAGCACACCUGCGGCUCAGCAGGAGCUCCGGGUGAUCGCCUCCAGCCCCGCCCACGAUCACGUGUUCCGCGUCGACAACUUCGCCGCGCUCGGGGACAUCCAGAGCCAGCUCCAGGAGAAGAUCUUCGCCAUCGAGGGGUACUCGGCCGUGCCCGUGGCCCUGGGUAACACCUGGGGCCUGGCUCUGGGCGCGCCCAGGUACGCUCACCUGGGCAGGGUCCUGGUGCUGCAGCCCGGACACACCUGGACCAUUCUGGCCGAGGCCACCGGGCCACAGGUGGGCUCCUAUUUCGGGGCGUCGCUGCUGGCUCUGCAGCCCUGCCCAGGUGAGCCCCGCCCAGGUAGGGCCCAGCCAGGUGAGACCCCGAAGCUCCUGGUGGGGGCGCCCUUGUUCUACGGGGGGGGCAGCGGCGGCCGCGUGGACCUGUGCGAGCUGCAGAGAAAGAGCUCUCACCUGCGCUGUCACCUGUCUCUCCGGGGCUCACCUGGGCAGCCCCUGGGCCGGUUCGGGGCCAGCCUGGCUCACCUGGGCGACCUGGACGGGGACAGGUGCGCUGAGGUGGCCGUGGGGGCUCCCCUGGAGGACGACGGCCAAGGAGCGAUUUACCUGUUCAGGGGCACACCUGGAGGGGUCAGCACGCAGGGAGUGCAGCGCAUCCCGGGCUCCACGUUCCCGUCCCAGCCCCAUUUUUUCGGCCAAUCGCUGAGCGGGGGCCGUGACCUGAGCGGGGAUGACCUGCCCGACCUGGCCGUGGGGGCACGGGGCCAGGUGCUGCUGCUCAGGUCGCCGCCGCUGCUCCAGGUGCGGCUCCAGGUGAGUUUCCAGCCCCAGGUGAUCCCGGCCAGCGCCUUCGAGUGUCCCGAGGGGGAGGAGCUGCGAACUCACCUGGCCACGGCCAAGCUCUGCUUCAUUGGAGCCAAAAAAACCCGGGACGGCUUCGGUGAGAGCCCG